AUGCUUCCUGAGGCCCUUGACAGUCCUGUAAAUCCCUUCUCCUUAACCGGAGCACGCUGCAGACUUAGGUCUCCAUCUGCCCGAAAGAGCCCACUACGGGCAGAUAUGCACAGAACGGACACCACCCACUUCAAUGAACACUCCAUGGGGCUCACGUUCAGACACGCCAAGGGAAGCGCAACAAUAGACCCCGAUGAGUUCUUUGCAGAGAUAGGCGUCACUGAACCAAAAUUCACCGAAACCGGUCGGAAGUUGAUGAUGCUGCCCAAGCCCACCCCCGUCUCAUCUGUUUUACGUCCAAAAAGGCCUGGGUCCACGGGUUCUGCUAGCUCUAUCCCAUCAACCCCAACAAAGAAUAAGGCCAGAUGUAUUAGCGAACAGGCCCAAAGGAGAAGCACGGACUCUCUAAAGGUAACACGGGCUAUGCAGAAUGUCUUCCUCACCGAACCUGUGCUAGAAGAGCUUCUACCAGAACAACAGAAAUCGAUUGACAAAAGGGCUAAGCAGGAAGGGCCCGCCUCAACGAGUGGCAGCAAGCUGAUCACAAACCUCAUCAAGAACUCCGCAGAAAAGCUUGAGAACCUUACGAACAAAAUUACAGAAUACAGGCCAGCAACGCCGGCGAAGCAAGAGACGCCAAAAUCCCCCACUCGAUUACAGGUAUCGGCAUACAAGAAUACCCUACGGGAAGAUGUGAGACAGCGCUUUUCCACUGCACAAGCCCUUAAGCAAAUGGCACAGAUACGCGCUGACGAGGGCAAGAUACGUGAGAGAGACCGUGCACAGUUUGAAGCAGCUCUCUUCAACGAGAGGAGCGAGAAAGCUGCCCAUGAGCGUGACAUUAGCGUUCUUCAGGCGAAGCUAGAGGCAGCAACCCACGAAAUAGAGUCCUUGCGGACGGCCCUAUCUUUGCUCACCCGUAAGCACGAGGUAGAGCAUAAGCGACUACUGACGUUAGAGCUAGAGGCCCAGAAGCAUAGAGAUGCCCAGCCACUACUUAAGUUGCUAGAUGAGCAAUUCUCCCAUAUGCCGCCAGAGGAGGUACUCAGGAAGAUUGAAGUACUCGAGUCUGCAAACCUGCAAACGUUCAACAAAGUCCAGGAUACUACAGAAGCACUUAAGACUACAGAGAAUCUGCUCAUUCAGGAGCGUCUAGAGCAUGGGAGCAAGCUGCAGAAGCUUGGAGAGACGGUUUCCUUGCCCAUUCACACCCUUGAGAAACGCGUCAGUGACCUCACAGUAGAGAACGAAAAACUGAACGAUGACUUGAGAAUCGUGCUAGACUCGCAGGAGCGCUAUCUGGCGCUCAGCUUUGCCGUGGCUGAGCUGUGGAGCCAGUGGAUAGACCCUAAAACCCACAAUGGCGGGGUAGCCAAGCUGGCGGGUCGUAAGGGAGAAGGCCUGGACCCUGAUCUAUCAAAGCCCAUGGAGGUCUUGAGGUGUAUAGGGAAUCUUCUCAGCAUAUGUUUUCCCCAAGUAGAGGCGAGUAGCACGGCCUUCAGAAGGAUAGCUACUCUGGCUAACCGCGCAUGGUCCAGAAUCUUAUCGGCAGACGAUACUGAUUGUCUUUUGAAGUACAACAUCUAUGCAAUCCUGGAGGAAUGCUGCAACCGCGCAGAGAACGGUCAUAAGACAGAGCUCUACCUGAAGGAGAUUAUCAAGCGCCUAGAGCUGGAGAACAAGCGAGUAUCAGGGGAGCUAGCCAGGGCAGAGCAGAGAUGCAAGCAGCUGGGAAACUUGACCCGGAGCACCACAAGCUCGCGCAUAUCCAGGCCGAGCUCCGGGUACAGAUAA